AUGGUCUGGAGCGGCGUUCCGUGGCGAAUCGACCAGUGGAUUAAAUCCUCUGCAUCUCUCUCUUUCACGGUCUGCGCUCUCUUGCUUCCACAACAACACAUCCUCGUUCCUGAGACGUCACAUGUUGACGUUGAGUCACUUUUUUGGGUGUCCCCAAGUCACCACCCUCCCCCCCCAAAAAAAGCGCCGACUGCUCCCAUUGAAUCAUGGGUCCCCAACCUCCGGGCCAAGAGCCGGAACCGGCCCAACGCCAAGACGCGGAGCCCAGCUGGCUACUGGCGCCACAUACCGAGGUCUGCAGAUCCCCGAUCUUCUGAACAAACGCGCCAGGGACACCCAGGGGUUCGGGGGGUGACCCGGAGGGAUCCCGAACCAAGCGUCAGUGUACGACAACCUGGGAGCGAGACCGCGCUGUCCGCAAACAAGUCCAAUGCGGAUGUGCAUGUAAUGGGAAAUGCCUUGAUGUUGAUUGGGACAGACAACAUCAUUAAAAGAAAAGCCUGGCAUCCAGCGAACACUGACGAAGCCGUUGUAGUGGGUGACCAACCUCUCCUCACUGGAGGCAGCCAUUCGGGAAUCACAGGUGUAAUGAGGGAGAGGAGGACAGCUGGUGACCCCUACUGGUCCUAUUCAG